CAAAACUGCAGCAAUCGAUAGUUUGACCAUCGCUCCUCCCCUAAACUUCAAGCAUCCCCCAUGAUUGAUGAUCCCGGGUAGCUUUGGUAAUUGACUGCUCUGAGAGAAAGAAAAAAGGAAAAAGAGAGACAGAAAAAGGAAAGAGAAAGAGACAGAAAAAAAGAAGAAAACACAGAAACUCAUCGUGGUUCUUGACUGUUUUUUAUAUAUUGUCGUUGUUAUUGUUGUUGUUAUUACUAUUAUUUACCCAUAUUGGAGGAUAGGAGAAGUCUAUAAGUGGGUUGCAAAAAAAAAAAAAAGGAAUCUUCUUCACUCUAAAUCACUUUCUUUGCUGGACUGGGAUAUUAAAUAUACGACACAUCCAGGAGUUUAUUGGAGCGCAGACUGAUGGCGCAAAGGUACGAUGAGCUGCCCCACUACGGCGGGAUGGACGGAGUAGGGGUGCCGGCGUCCAUGUACGGGGACCCCCACGCCCCCCGGCCGAUCCCCCCGGUGCACCACCUCAACCAUGGGCCGCCGCUCCACGCCGGACAGCACUACGGCGCCCACGCCCCGCACCCCAAUGUCAUGCCGGCCAGCAUGGGCUCCGCUGUCAACGACGCUCUGAAGCGGGACAAGGAUGCGAUCUACGGGCACCCGUUGUUCCCCCUCUUAGCUCUGGUCUUUGAGAAGUGCGAGCUGGCGACCUGCACGCCCCGGGAGCCCGGCGUGGCCGGCGGGGACGUCUGCUCCUCCGACUCCUUCAACGAGGACAUCGCCGUCUUCGCUAAACAGGUCCGCGCCGAAAAACCACUUUUUUCUUCAAAUCCAGAGUUGGACAAUUUGAUGAUCCAAGCAAUACAAGUACUAAGGUUUCAUCUUUUGGAAUUAGAAAAGGUUCAUGAAUUGUGUGAUAAUUUCUGCCAUCGGUACAUUAGUUGUUUGAAAGGAAAAAUGCCAAUAGACCUCGUUAUUGAUGAAAGGGAUGGCAGCUCCAAAUCAGACCAUGAAGAACUCUCAGGAUCUUCCACAAAUUUAGCUGAUCAUAAUCCUUCAUCUUGGAGAGACCACGAUGAUGCAACCUCAACGCACUCGGCAGGAACACCAGGGCCCUCCAGCGGGGGCCACGCUUCCCAGAGUGGAGACAACAGCAGCGAGCAAGGUGACGGUUUAGACAACAGUGUAGCCUCACCUGGUACAGGAGAUGACGAUGACCCAGACAAGGACAAAAAGCGUCAGAAGAAAAGAGGCAUUUUCCCCAAAGUAGCAACAAAUAUCAUGAGAGCGUGGCUUUUCCAGCAUCUCACACAUCCAUAUCCUUCAGAGGAGCAGAAGAAACAGUUAGCCCAAGACACGGGACUUACAAUUCUACAAGUAAACAACUGGUUUAUUAAUGCCAGAAGAAGAAUAGUACAGCCUAUGAUUGACCAGUCAAAUCGAGCAGGUUUUCUUCUUGAUCCUUCAGUGAGCCAAGGAGCAGCAUAUAGUCCAGAGGGUCAGCCGAUGGGAAGCUUUGUGUUGGAUGGUCAGCAGCACAUGGGAAUCCGGCCUGCAGGUUUGCAAGGCAUGCCAGGGGACUACGUAUCUCAGGGUGGUCCUAUGGGUAUGAGUAUGGCACAGCCAAGUUACACUCCUCCCCAGAUGACCCCACACCCAACUCAAUUAAGACAUGGACACCCAAUCCAUUCAUAUUUGCCAAGUCACCCCCACCACCCAGCCAUGAUGAUGCACGGAGGACCCCCUACCCACCCUGGAAUGACCAUGUCAGCACAGAGCCCCACAAUGUUAAAUUCUGUAGACCCCAGUGUUGGUGGACAGGUUAUGGACAUUCAUGCCCAAUAGAAUAAGGGAACUCAAGGGAAAAACAAAACAAAAACAAACAGAAACUAUUUUAAGACUUUUGAACUUUGACCAGAUGUUGACACUUAAUACGAAAUUCCAGACAGCUGUGAUUAUUUUUUACUUUUUGUCAUUUUUCAUCAACAACAGAGGACCAAUGAAACAAGAACACAAAUGUGAAAUCAUGGGCUCACUGAAAUGAAUAUGUCCAUGUACAGAUCCUCUGGAAAAAAAAAAGACUCCAAGAGUUAUAACUACUGUAGUAUAAACAUAGGAACUAAGUUAACUUGUACAUUUCUGUUGAUCACUCCGUUACGUUGCCUCAAAUAGUUUUAGAAGAAAAAAAAAAUCCUUGUUUUCCACACUAUGUGUGUUGUUCCCAAAAGAAUGACUGUUUUGGUUCAGCAGUGAAGUCACUAUCCAUGAAAGACCUGUUUUGGCCAGUGAGAAAAGAACUACCCUGGAGAUGAAGAUGAAAAGUCUUGCUGGGUCUCUCAUCACUCAGAAGACUGUUCCAAGAAGGCCUUGCCAUUCCCUCGUUUUGUUCCUUCAUAAAAUGUGUCCUUUAGUUUCAAACAGAUCUUUAUAGUUUGUGCUUCAUUAAGUCUCUCCCCAUUCCUCCCAAUCUUUUUUUUUUUUUUUUUCGGACUCUUCUUCAAAGAGCUUGCAGGUGAAGAUUUAAAAGACAGAACAGACAGAGCAGAAGCUUCUUCCAGUAGUUCUGAGCCUUGGCUUUGGACAAAACAAAACUAAAAGUUGGGCAGCUUUCCUCAAUGAAAGAAGUUACUAACGGUCUUUGCACCAAACCUAGGACUUUAUCAUGAACUCAAAGCUUGGGAAAAAAAAGCAAGAGAAUACUGUAACAAACUUCGUACAGAGUUCGGUCUAUUAAUUGUUUCAUGUUAGAUAUUCUAUGUGUUUACCUCAAUUGAAAAAAAAAGAAUGUUUUUGCUAGUAUCAGAUCUGCUGUGGAAUUGGUAUUGUAUGUCCAUGAAUUCUUCCUUUCUCAGCACGUGUUCCUCACUAGAAGAAAAUGCUGUUACCUUUAAGCUUUGUCAAAAUUUACAUUAAAAUACUUGUAUGAGGACUGUGACGUUAUGUUUUAAAAAGGAAAAAAAAGGUGUUAAGUCACAAAAUGCGGUAAUAAAUAUUUCAUUUUUGAUUUUU